UCAGCUCGCCCUUAAUACCAAAACAUCCCAGACACUUACUGGAUCUCGGCUUUACUCGUGGAGAUAUCUACACAUAUUAACCAUUACAGGUGUUUAACUAAGACACGUCUGCUGGCUGUAAUUAAGGUCCAAGGCUUGAGCUGCAAGUGCCGACAUCCCAAACAGAUCAGACCCUCCCUUAAUACCAUGAAGUAGAAAGAAGCAGGAACCCUGGACAAUGGAUCGUGAGCCUGCGUACUACGUUGAGAGCAUGGACCCUCAUGGUGGCCAGAGGAGACCACAUGAACACAAUGGGUUUGCUGGCCCUUACGACAUUCAGAUGGAAACAUAUACCAACGAUGGUCAGAUGCCGCACAGAGACAGCAGAUGGAAUCAGUUUGGUGACAACCAGCCUGCUGACCCUCGCCCCCACCGCCCUCGGUCUGAGGGGUACUACAACCUAGCCCAGGGGCCUGCACCACGCCAUGACAUUCAGGACACUGUAGACCUUCUAGAGUGUUUGCCAAGCAGGCAGUUAGAGAACAAAGUGUCCAAUGCCAAGAACACACUACGUCAUCGCAGAAACAAGUCUUACCACGGCACAGUGAGGCUUGGAGCAGGGAACGCCCUGGAGCAGAUCAGUCGAACCCUGAGUGAUGGCGAGGAGUUUGAACCUGGAGAGGAGUUCGGGGAGGUGAUUCGAGGAAUGACCACCACCUUGGCUAGCAAGAGGGAGAUUAGGAAGCGCCUUAGUUCCAGGAAGGCCAAGAAGCGACCUGGACGUUGUACUCAGCUGAAAUAUUCAGUUGGAAUGGGCUGGCAGCACUUCAAGUACCAGGUUGCGGAGGUGAUGUACUCGCUGGAACUCUGGCGAUCACACCUCAAGAAGAUCGAAGGACAUUUUGGCACUGGUGUUACAUCCUACUUCCUCUUCCUCAAAUGGCUGUUCUUCAUCAACAUCCCAAUCUUUCUCAUGACAUUUGGUUUCGUGGUGCUGCCAGUUGUGCUACAGCGAUGGUACAUGCCGCUCACAGACACCCCCAAGCUGAAGCCAUUUGCUGACGUGUACCCAGAGCGUAACGGCACUUCCUUCACUGGGGAAGAACUUCUCACAGGAGCGGGCUGGUUUCACGACACUGAGAUGUAUUAUGGCUUCUACAAGGGGUUUUCUGUACAGCUGUUCUCAGGUGUGGAGUACAAGAUGAUCUACGCCUAUGUCUUCACUUGCGGUGGAUACUACAUACUUUGUUUGCUUAUAUUGGCUCAGAGCAUAUUGAAAUCGUACAGAAAAUACUACAUCGAGGGCAGCUCCGAGUUCAACUUCUUCUUUGUCAGUAAAGUAUUUUGUGGAUGGGAUUAUGGUGUAACGUCCAAGGAAGCUGCAAGACUCAAGCAUAAGAGCAUCUACAAUGAGUUGUUGGAAUAUUUGUCAGGGAAGAAGAAAGAGCAGGUGAAGACGACAGGGGAGAAAUGUCAGAUAUUCUGGAUCCGGGUGGCCACAAACCUCAUUGUCAUUGGACUACUUGGUGGGGCAGGCUACCUGGUGUACUGGAUCUCCUCCACUGAGUCUGUCAAGAACAAGAUCCCAGUGUUGAGUGAGCUGGCGCUACCCCUGGUAAUCACAACGUUGAACAUGGUAACCCCGGCCUUCUUCUCACUACUGGGAUAUCUGGAGAAGUAUGAGAAGCCAAAGAAUGAACUGUACAUCCAUAUGCUCAGGACGAUGACGCUGCGAGCUACCAACUUGGCGGUGCUGGUAUACUUUUGGUUUAAGACAGCCCAAGAGCAGGAUUGCUGGGAGUCAUUUGUUGGGCAGGAAAUAUAUCGUCUUGUCAUUGUUGACUUCAUCUUCACCCUCCUGUACACCUUCUUCUUCGAGUUCGUCAGAAGGAUAAUGUCCCAGUUCUGUUUCAAGAGUAUUUCCAGAGCAGAGUUUGGUAUUGGCCGAAACACCCUGGAUCUGAUCUACUCCCAGGCGCUAUGUUGGCUGGGAACAUUCUACAGUCCUUUGCUCUCUUGCAUUGUGAUCAUAAAGUUGUGGAUCAUCUUUUAUGUGAAAAGGGUUAGUGUUCUACAGAACUGUCAGCCUUCAAUGCGGCCUUGGCGGGCAGCCCGGUCACACACCAUCUUCCUCGGCUUCCUCUUCUGCUUCUUCCUCCUCACCACCACAGCAGUGGCAUGUGGGAUCAUUUUUAUCAAGCCAAGUCAGACGUGUGGUCCGUACCAGAGUAAGAACACGACGUACGAGGUUGUUAUUGAGCUGGUCGACUCAUGGAAGGAAGAACACGCCUGGCUGCAUGAAGUCAUCCACUUCAUCUCCUCCCCAGGCUUCAUUGCUGGACUUGUGGUCCUACUGUGUAUGGGAACAUACUAUAUGAGAAUUGCAAUGAUUGGCCACAAGGAGAUGGUGAAGCUUCUACAGCAGCAGCUAGCUCUGGAGGGUAAAGACAAGAACUUCCUGCUCAACCUCCUCCAGGAAGUCAGCCGCAAGAGGAAGAAGGACGAUACAGAAGGUAUACAGAAGCGGACUCGACGGCAGCAGGAUGCGGGAACCACCUCCGACGUCUUGUCACCAGAAGAUGCAGUAGACAGUGUGAAGGCCAAGACUGAGCCAGCUGUCUGUGGGCAGGAUGAAGACGAUGAUGACACUCGUGAUAGUAAUGGCGCCUCAAGCCAGGCCACAUGAUGACUUGCUUAGAACUAGGAGGAAGGGCUUUCGCUCGCCAGCUGGUGGAGACUUCGGCUCGAAUGUGAGGUUCAGCCCCAAUGUCCAGCCCAUGGAUGAGACUCGGUGGUGACGUGACAUGGGCAUCAUUGUUCCUUCUAUUUCUGAAGAUGUUGUGUUGUCAUGGUAACCAGCACUGUGAUGAAGUAUUACCUACAUGUGUGCUGCUGAGACAAGGAUGCAACAUGGGUAUUAGAGGCAGAUUUGUUUGUAUCAGGUCUACAAUCAAUCUUCAUUUGUUUUGCAAUAAUCUACAUGGGUAUUAAUUUUACAGAUGUUUCCUCACAAGUCAGAGAUCACUGUUUCAUUGAGUGAACUUCAUUUAGACCAAUGCUACAUGAGACAGGGAUUGAUCGCUAUGCAUUAUCUUCACCAUAGAAACCAGAUAAAGUUGUCACAAUCUAAUGUAUAUGUUCCUGUCAUGAAAUUGUUCUUUUAUACUACAAUUCUUGAAGGAAAUAUUCCCAUAGAAUAAUUUUUACUCGAUAAAUUUGCCCAUUAUGCAUUUUCACUGGCAAUAUUUGUUGUGAAUGGAACUGACCUUCAUUGACUGCACUGACUGACACAAUGCAUGAUGAUGCUAUGUUGAUGCAACUGUAGUAACAUGUAUUUAUUCCCGUUUUUUCUGUGACACCUAAUGACACAUAUCUGUGUUUUUAAGCCAGUCUACGCAGAUAUGUGUUAGGGGGUUUGUGGCAAGAUGCAUAAAUUAGGGGCAUAAUAGGAUGUCCUACAAAAGAGAUUGUACCCUAACAUUCAAGCAGAAUCACAGAUGCAGAUGUACUUAUGCCUAUUUAAAUCAAGAGUCAUAUGUAAUGAAAAUGUAACUGUUCUCUUAUCCAAGAUACAUCUCUAUCUCAUCAAAUAUUGCUAAAAGCGACGUAAAAUUAAACUUACUCACUCACUCUCGUCACGGAAGUGUUGACCAUGACAGUCUUAAAUUCAAAUGCAUGAACCUCGAAA